AUGAAAGAUGAAAUUUCAGCCGUGCUUCAUUACAAAUAUCUGAUGCAACAAGCUUCUGAUAGCCAAGAGCCAAAAUCUGUACUACACUCUUACAAACCCAACCUUGGCGGCUUUGUACCAAAAUUAACGAAGGCAGAAGUGGAUAGAAUGGAAGGAUUGGAUGGAGUAGUGGCUAUCUUUCCGGUUAAAAAGAGGCCUCUCCUUACAACAAAAUCCUGGGAUUUUAUUGGUCUUCCAAUAAAAGUGAAAAGAAAGUCUUAUGAAUCCGACGUGAUCAUUGGAAUAAUAGAUUCUGGAAUUUGGCCAGAAUCUGAGAGUUUUAAUGAUAAAGGGUUUGGUCCACCACCAUGCAAAUGGAAGGGAGUUUGUCAAAUCAUUAAUUUCACAUGCAACAACAAGUUAAUUGGGGCUAGAUAUUAUGGUGAUAUCGACGAUAAAUUUAUGAACUCUCCCAUAGACUUUUACGGUCAUGGAACACACGUAGCAUCAACCGCCGCUGGGAAUCCUAUUAAGCAUACAAGUAUGUCAGGCUUAGGAGAAGGAACAUCUAGAGGUGGAGUUCCAUCAGCCCGGAUUGCUGUAUAUAAGGUGUGUGGGAUCCAUGCAUGUGAUACGAGAAGAAUUCUUGACGCUUUCUAUGAUGCCGUGUCAGAUGGAGUAGACAUAAUAUCAGUGUCAAUUGGAGGAGAAAUGGAAAACCAAAAUAAAAAUUUUAACGAUGAAUUAUCAGUUGGAUCCUUUUAUGCAAUAACACAAGGAGUUUUAACCGUCUUUUCUGGAGGAAACUAUGGCCCAACACCUGCUUCCUUGUCGAAUUUUUUACCAUGGUCUAUUGUUGUGGGUGCGGGAACUUUAAAUAGAAAAUUUGUGACCAUGGUGAAAUUAGGAAACAAUAAGAUUUAUGAGGGGAUAUCUGUGAAUACAUUUGACCUAUUAGGAAAAAUGUAUCCUAUUGUCUAUGGUGGAGAUGUUCCAAAUAAGGAAGCACAUUUUGAUGGCCAUAAAUCAAGGUUUUGUACUACCAAUUCCCUUGAUGCUAAGUUGGUGAAGGGGAGAAUAGUCUUGUGCGAAGGCAACCUAGGAAUACAAGAGGCAUUAAGAGUUGGUGCAAUUGGUAUCUUGACACAAGGUGGAAGUUAUAGAGAUGUUGCUGAAGGUUUCCCAUUAGCUACAUGUUACCUUCAACCAAAAGAUGGAUCUAGCAUUCACAAAUACAUUAAUUCUGCUAGAACUCCAAUGGCAACUAUAUUUAAGUCGCAUGAAAUAGAAUAUGCUUUAGCUCUCAUAGUCGCCUCCUUUUCAUCGAGAGGUCCAAAUCUAGUUACACCCGAUAUUCUUAAGCCGGACUUAAUUGCUCCCGGAGUUGAUAUCAUUGCUAGUUGGUCGCCAAUUUCUAAUGUACGUAAAGAACUAACAUUUAACAUCAUCUCCGGAACAUCGAUGGCAUGUCCGCACGUCUCUGGUGCAGCAGGAUACAUCAAAUCCUUCCGGCCUACUUGGUCACCUGCUGCUAUCCGGUCCGCUUUAAUGACAACAGCCAAACAAAUGAGUGCCAUAAAUAAUCACGAUGCUGAAUUUGCUUACGGAGCCGGUCAAAUUGAUCCAGUGAAAGCUUUAAAUCCCGGGUUAAUAUAUGAUAUUGGAAAAAUAGAUCACUUAAGUUUUUUAUGUAAUUUAGGCUACAACAAAUCCGUCAUUACAUUUAUCACGGGGAAUCCAUUUAUCUGUUCCAAUGUAUCAUAUACAUCUGUAAGGGAUUUAAAUUAUCCAUCAUUUGCUUUGAAAGCAUCAAAUCCGCACAAUAUAAGAGGGACCUUCAAACGAACUGUUACAAAUAUUGGAUCGCCAUCGUCCACAUAUAGAGCAUUUCUGUCAGUUCCUGAUGGACUCAACAUCUCGGUGAAGCCUGAUGUUUUGUCUUUCACUUCAUUAGGAGAAAGGAAAACAUACAUUCUUACAGUAGAUGGAUCGAUUAACGAGCCUAUUAGAUCUGCUUCUUUUAUUUGGGAUGAUGGUGAACAUCAAGUGAGGAGUCCCAUUGUCGUAUAUGAUAAACGAGAAGAGAAAGAAGAAAAAGCUUCAUAUUUCAGUGUUCGAGCUGUUGUCAUUAUUGUUGUUGUUUCAGUUAUUGUUUUGAUUUUUAUUUUUAUUUUAGUUUAA